GUUGUCAUGGUAACGGCAGGCGCAACGGAUCGUCGCUCUGUGCAGGUGGCUAGUUUGGUAGCGGAUAUCAGCGUGUUAACGGAGAAUAAACAUGUCGGACGCUGGAUCUGAGGAAUUUGAAGAUGAGCAAACAUUUCAUGGAGAGUAUGAAGGUGAGCGGAAUGAAGCAGGAGAGAGGCAUGGUGCAGGGAGAGCAAUGCUGCCUAAUGGAGACAUCUACCAGGGAAUGUAUGAGCGAGGCAGCAGAUGUGGACAGGGAACCUACAGAUUUAAGAAUGGGGCUCGAUACAUAGGGGAGUAUUACAUGAACCUGAAACAUGGACAAGGCGUUUUCUAUUACCCUGAUGGUUCCAAGUACGAUGGCUCAUGGGUGGAAGACCAGCGUCAGGGUCACGGGAUUUACACAUACCCUAAUGGAGACAGCUAUGAUGGGGAUUGGCUGCAUCAUCAAAGACAUGGGCAAGGUGUGUACACAUACCAUGAAACGGGUUCUAAGUAUGCUGGCAUGUGGGUUAAUGGUAAGAUGGAGUCAGUGGGAGAGUUAAUCUAUCUAAUCCACAAAUACCAGGGCAACUUUCACAACAAUAAUCCCUCAGGUGCAGGGAAGUAUGUGUUUGACGUUGGAUGUGAGCAGCAUGGGGAGUAUCUGCGGGUAGAUCAGGAUAAAGGAGACGCAGAAGAGGAGGAACUUGUCACUACCACUGUUCUAAAAUGGAAACCCAAAGCUUUGAUGUGCUUAUCAUCUCACAUCUCUGAUCCACCAUGUCUAAAGGAUAAUGCCUCUUCGGGCCAGGGCAUGUCUGAGGAGGGAAAGGCUCAGACACCCCUGGAAGAGCAGAACAUGGGGCAGAGCCCUGCACCAGAGACCAGUUAAUUAUGGCAAAUGGUAUACGGAGUGUGUUAUUCCACUUAUAACACAGUGAUUUUGCCAAUGAUCACAACAUUUCAUUUAUUAAUGAAAGACACCUCUCAUUUUUUAACCAUAUAAAGUUAGUUUUAACUUUCCAGGAGUUAGUAAGUUAGUUCCUGUUAGCACUUAUCUUAUAAUAACACUAAGAAGCUGUUCCAUCACCAGUAUCUCCUUCUCUCUCUCUCUCUCUCUCUCUCUCUCUUUCUUUCGCUCAGAAGGCACAGCUUGUCAUUUUUACUGAGAAUCCAGAAAGCACAAACUCUGUCCUCAAGACUGUCCUCUCCUGGGAAACUUUGUGACUGUGACUGUUAUAAAACUCUGACUUCCAUAAAUGUUAAAUAAAUGUCUCCUAACAAAAAAACCUUCACCACAUCAAUGCAUAUGUUUUUCUUUGUUAAACAACACCACAUUAUUGUUUUUUUUAAAAUCUGUUUAUUAUUAGUUUUAGAUUCUGUGGACUGUCCACUGUACAAGUCCCUGUGUAUGAGCUGUUACUAUAGAAAUAAUACCAUAUUAGAACAAGUGCAUUAAUAUGAACCUAUCGUUUAUGUUACAGCUGGCACUACUGUCUGAGCCAUUCUGUUAUACAAAAGUAA